AAAAACGCUAGCUUUGUACGGUUAUGGAAAUGCCAAAAUACAGAUUAUGUCCUACAGCUUUCACAGUUUAUUGUCCGUAUUUGUAUACGACAGUUUUUAAAAUCGUUCUAAAAAUACAUAAAUGAAUCGUAUGCAUUUCACUGUAAUGUGUUACUGAGGUUUUCUUCACUCCAUACAACUUAAAUUUGGCUGUUGUUAUGGACGCUGUGCUAGCAAAAUUAUUUACAGCUUUUCUUCUUAAAUAUGGCAGCUUUACAAUCCCAUGAUUCUUGAACAUAUGGUCAUGAUUGUGAAAUUGAUGCACCAGAAAUAAUGAUAGCAUGAUGUGCCCUAAUUAGUGAUGACAUAGUUGAGAAUUCAUGAAUCUUCUGACUAAAAAAAAAUAAAAGAAAUAUAAAUGAAAAAAUAUAGAUGUCAAAGUUUUGUUUCUAAACUCUUUAAAUUUAUAUUGUGUUAAUCAAAGCACAUCAUUGCUGUGGUUGUACAUGCAGUGCAGAUGUAAUUUGUAUUAUUUUAUCAAACGUAAAAUAUUUGAAGAAUAGAAAAUGUCCUUUUACACCAAUGAAGAUCGCUUCUCGAUGACAGCUGAAAGAUACUUAGCAAAGCAUCAUGUUUUGACAUACAUGGAAGACAGUAUUGCUCAGUUGUUAGAAAACAGGGAGGAAAACCCCAAAAUCAACCCAGUCAAAAUAUUAAGUGAAUAUUUUACUGCCUUGAGGGAUGGGAAUCACACAAUGUUCAGAGAAUACCAGUUUAUUCAUAUGACACCACACAACAGAGCAUCUUUUGUAAAGUUGUUCUGGAAAUGUUACAAACAGAUUGGUAAAAAAGGAGAUUUACUCAGUAUUCAGGAAUACCAUUCCCUGAUAGCAUUACUGUGCUCAGAUUUUCCUUUUGAAAUUGUGCAGAAAACUGCGAGGAUAAUAUUGAUGGAUGAUGCCCUGGACUGUCUAAUCUCAUUUACAGAUUUUAUAUAUGCAUUUCAAACACAGUUUUACUAUGAAGAAUUUCUAGACAAAUGUUUGGAGAUUUACCAGUCAAUGAUCCAGACUCACUCUAGUCCCCGCAAUCCUGUAGUGGUACCAUCUGGUACAGAGGAUACCAAGAUACACAUGAAUAAUCAUUUACCUGGAGACGGUGUAGACGCAAUGCAGUAUUUUAGGGCCGUGUACCCUCUCUGUGAUAGAAUGAACUACAGCACACCACCAGCAGAGGCCCUGAAGGAGAUCCUUUUUAACGUACCUAGGGUAUCUUUCUAUGGUUUUCUCAUGGCUAUAGCUAAAAGUGAUGCUAUCAAUGAACAUAUAGGACGACUGCCGGUAAAGUCAGAAUUAUUGGAAGGUGCAGACACAGAGAUUACGCCAAUUGCACCUGUUAAAUCAAAAUCAGAAAAUACGCCGUCAGACAUUAAUAACUCUAACCCAGUUGUCAUGGUUACCAAACCAAGUGUUCAGCAAUCACAACCAAGGUCAAGGUCAGUUUCAAGGUCAAGGGUAUCAAGUCGAGGUCAAGGUCAUCAGACUCAUUUAACUGUUGCAAAGACAUCAAGGAAGAAAGUGAUAAGUUCCGAGGAAAGCAGUGAUGACAGUGAUGAUACCGAUGAUGAUUCUGAUGAUGAUGAAUAGAUAUAGAUGAUUCCAAAGAUGAUAAAUGAAUAGUAAUACUUUUUGGUAAAAAUACAUGUACAAUGGACACCAGUCUUUCAAGGAUUGAUGGCUUGAGCAGCAGGACACAGUGGGGAAGUUCUUGCGGAUUCAACCAUUUUCGUUAUAUUGGCUUUUGUUUGGGUUGCGCUUUAAAGCCACGAAAACCUCAAACGGUUUGUUUAUCCUAUUGCGAUUUUGAGAAAUCAGUGCUUUACCGUAUAUGACUAUAAUACAGCAGUAAGUAUGCAAGGGGUCUGCUGCAUGGAUCAGAGCGCUACCAUAUUAAUUACAGACAGCAGUAUUAUAAAGCAGAAAAAGUAACUUUGGUUGAUGCUGAGCACUGCCAUGUAUGUCUGUCUGGAUAAAAUCACUGAAAUUAUCUGACAUUUGAAUCACUAAACAGUAAAUGUUUUAUCAUAUUUUUAAAAAACAAAAUCUUGUUAUGAAGGUGGCUGUGAUUAUUUACUUGGAUCUUAUUUAUAUGUUUGUCUAUAAAUAGUCACACAUGUUUGUGAUUGUUGUUUUGUUAGUACAAUAAGGAUAUGACAUCAGCUUUUCCAAAUAUAACAGUUUUGUCAUAGCACAUUAAAUUUUAAUGGACUUGCCUAUCAUAUUAAUUCUAUUGUUCAUGUUGCAUUAACUCCAAAAAAAAAUCCACUCCUUAUAUUUACAUUAUACAUGUUAUUUCCUUUUCAUUUGUUGAUUAGUUUUUUUCAUAAAUUGCAUAUAUUUUGUUGUAUAUAUAGAGGAUAAUAAAUAUUAGACAAUAUUGUUUAUUCAUUUCACCAGAAAGAACAACUGUGACAUUGUCUAAAGAUCAUUCUAUCAGAUUAUAUGGGGGUUUUGUGAAAACAGUGGCAUGUAUCACUGAGCCAUGCUGUAAAUUUAGCACAUCCUUUUUGCGUUUCACACAAAGUGAGCAUCAUAAUUUUCAUUGGAAUGAAUAGGACAAUGAAAUCAUUAGUAUUCGGACUAAUUUUUGUGGCUGAGUCAGUCCACAAAAUUUUAUCCCAGUGAACAAGUAAAAUUCCAGUUCAAUUAAUGUUCAAAAGUUUAAAUCCACUAAUUUACAUCCAAACAAAUAGUUUGGUUUUUUUUUUUCAUAAAAUUAAAUGAUUCCACAAUAUUACAAUUUAGUCAUUGUGCUGUUUGUAUACAAAAUUAUUUAGGCAAAUUUUUACACCUCUGAAAUUAUUCAAGAAAUGUUCUAUUUAAGUCAUAAGUAUUUUGUAGGGAACUGAAAUAAGUGUUCAUAUGCAGACUUUGUCUGACCAGUUCAGACAAAACAUCAACUAAAUAUAGGUAAUAUCUUCAGUCCUGUGAAAAUAAAGUACGAAAAGCAACAUUGCUUUUGUGUUACUGAAUAUCUUUUCUUCCUCUGUUAAUACAUUAAAAUAAGAAAUGGCCAUAAGGUGUACUUUGAGUGCUAUGGAGAUUCAUAUGUAUGUCUCUUAUAGAAAGCUUUUAUAUUAUUCUUUUGUCAGACUUAUAAGAGAAUCUAGACUUUGCUUUUGUUACAAGUUUCCAACAGUGACAUGAAUAAAAAGUACUUGUACAGUACCUGACUUUAUUAGAUGAGUAAGCGAUUUUUAUGAAAAAAUGUAAGGCAAGCUUUAGUGAGCCUUCAUUUUUAGCUCACCUGAGCACGAAAUGAUCAAGGUGAGCUUUUGUGAUUGCCCUGUGUUCGUCCAUUUGUCAUCAACAAUUUGACUGUUUACACUCUAGAAGUCACAGUUUUGGCCUAACCUUAAUAAAAACUUGGUCAGAAUGUUACCCUCAAUAAAAUCUUGGACGAGUUCCAUAUUGGGUCAUCUGGGACAAAAAGCUAGGUCACCAGGUCAAAUCAAAGGAAAAGCUUGUUAACUCUGUAGAGGCCACAUUUAUGACCGUAUGUUAAUGAAAUUUGGUCAGAAUGUUAAUCUUGAUGAUCUUUAGGUCAAGUUCGAAUCCGGGUCAUGUGGGGUAAAAAAAAAUAGGUCACCAGGUCAAAUCAAAGGAAAAGCUAGUUAACACUUUAGAGGCCACAUUUAUGACCAUGUCUUAAUGAAACUUGGUCAGAAUGUUAAUAUUGAGGUCAGGUGAGCGAAACAGGGCCUUCAUGGCCCUCUUGUUUGGUUUUGAGCCUACUGACCUGAUCUUACCAGUUAAUGUUGAUGUCAAUUUUUUUAUAUAUAGAAAAAAUAACUGAAUUUCAGGCAUCAAAGUAAUUAUAUUAUUUUUUUCAUAGUCAAUAUAAAACUAAAAACAAGAGGGUCAUGAUGACUCUGGAUCGCUCACCUGAGUAAUACGAGCUACAUGUUUCAAAUGUCAAACUGAUGAUAAAAUAUUAAACAAGAGGGCCAUGAAGGCCCUGUAUCGCUCACCUGACCUAUUGACCUAAAGAUCAUCAAGAUUAACAUUCUGACCAAGUUUCAUAAAGAUAUGGUCAUAAAUGUGAUCUCUAAAGUGUUAACUAGCUUUUCCUUUUAUUUGACCCAGUGCCCUAGUUUUUGACUCCACAUGACCCGGAUUCGAACUUGACCUAAAGAUCAUCAAGAUUAACAUUCUGACCACAUUUCAUGAAGAUACAGUCAUAAAUGUUGCCUCUAGAGUGUUAACAAACUUUUCUUUGAUUUGACCUAGUGACCUAGUUUAUGACCCCAAUUGACCCAGAUUUAAACUUGACCUACAGAUCACCAAGAUCAACACUCUGACCAAGUUUCAUUAAGAUAUGGUCAUAAAUAUGGUCUCUACAGUGUUAACUAGCUUUUCCUUUGAUUUGACCUGGUGACCUAGUUUUUUAUCCUAAAUGACCCAGAUUCAAACCGGACCUUGAGACCAUCAAGAUUAACAUUCUGACCAAGAUUCAUGACGAUAAAGUCAAAAAUAUGGCCUCUACAGUGUUAAAAAGCUUUUCCUUUGAUUUGACCUGGUGACCUAGUUUUUGACCCCAGAUAACCCAAUAUUGAACUCGUCCAAGAUUUUAUUGAACAUUCUGACCAAAUUUCAUUAAGAUUGGGCCAAUUUUGUGACCUCUAGUGUUAACAAGUGAAUGAAGUAUUGCCAUGCAAUACAAAGUCCCCUACUGGAAGGCACCUAAUUUUCUCUACUGCAGUAUAACAUAAUGAACUGAUAUCUGUCAAUGAUGUAUAAACAAUAUUGUACUACAUAUACAAUAUGUUAUAACAACACACUUGGAUUAAAAUGUGCAUAUAUAAAAACACACAGUUGUUUUCAUAUUGAAUUUUUUUGGCUGAUUAUAAAAAUGUUAUCAUGUAAGUUAUUUAUAGUAACAACAAAGGGAAAUUAAUCUUUAAAAAAAAAAAAAUCUAUAUAAUAUAAGUCCACAAGAAACUCUUUACCAGGUAGAGAUAGGUCAAAAUACACCUAAAAAUUGGAUGUAACAUGCAUGCUGUACCACAGAAAAGUGGUCUCGAUUUUUCUCUACCACCAGUAAUAAAAAAAGUUACAAUAAAAUCUAUUUAUAGUAACAACAAAGGGACGUAAUUCUAAAAACAA